AUGAGUUCAAGGCAAGUAGAAGAGACAGGCACAGAAGCGGCAAAUUUCCCACUCGGCGAAGCAGACCCGAGGCAAACGCAUUAUGAAGCUCCUAAUGCUACGAAUCCUUCUGAGCGUAUAUCCAUGCACUGUGCCGAAUGCUACGGGAAAGAUAUGGUGCAGCGCCAUCUCCAAGCGCGUUAUCCUCCGACUCUUCAUGAUACAUGUGCACGAGGUUCCGCAGCAAGAAGUAGAGAAGACCGGGACUACUGCAAGAAGAAGGGAAUCGCUAUCCCAUCUACGUACCUUGAUCCAGAGUGUGAGAAAGUUUGUGGGUUCGAUAACAAUGGUCGUGAUGAGAAUGAUGUUGGGGUCAAUGAUGGUGAUAAAGCACGGGGGUAUCAAGGUUGGGAUGGGGAUGAGAAUCCUCCCGCUCGCUCCUUCAUAAAGACAAACUCGAGCUCUCCGCAGGGAGAAAGAAAAGGCACAAGCCCAGGGGGUCCUGGGAAAUUAGUAUAG